AGUGUAUAAUUAACACAAAUAUUAAUUAUACAUAAACUAAAAGGUACCAAAUAAGCUACUGAGAAUACACAUUAAUUAAUGCAUGCAUUAUUUUUUUCAAUAUACCCUGCCAAACGCCCGCUUAAAAGGUCGUGACACUCACAAGAUUCAUGAUUAGGAAACAACUGAAAAUAUCUACUUGGGGAGGGACCCAUAGCAAUCUACUUAUUUAAAUGUCCUUAAUUAGCUGGCCAUUUUGUAGCAAGUCCCUACUCUGCAACUGGACUGUUAAGUCUUUAAAGUCUCAUUACUCCAGCAAAUUCUAAGACUUUUCUACUACAUGAUUGAUUUUGAGCUGUUCAUUGAACUGGGGACCACAAAAAUAUCUCUAUGGCCUUAUACCCUGGUUGAUUGUCACCUCCACAGCAUAAUUGCUCCAGUAAUUUGAGUCACUAAUCAAUCUUGAUUGGUAAAGUUUACUUUUACAUAAGUAAAAGUGCAUUAGUACCAGUCAAGCUCAUUCCAAUCUUCUCCAACAGUGUAUUGAUUGUUACAAAGACCCAUCUUUCUAUGCGUUAUCAUAUCUACUCUUGAUUGAACAUUGAGUAGUGUGUAGUGAGUGAACAUGGAGUCUAGAAUGCUGUGGCUUUAUUCUCCAUAUUUACUCUUGUAUUCAUGGGCUCUUUCUGCUCAUGUCUUUUUAGCUGUAGCACAAAGAUCCACUUACAUUGUCCAUUUGGACAAAUCCUUAAUGCCUAUUGUCUUUGCUGAUCACCAUCAUUGGCAUUCUUCUACCAUUGAUUCCAUCAAAGCUUCUGUUCCUUCAUCUGUGGACAGAUUCCACUCUGCUCCUAAACUUGUUUACUCUUAUGACAAUGUGUUUCAUGGUUUCAGUGUUGUUUUGUCCAAUGAUGAACUGGCAGCAUUGAAGAAGUCACCAGGUUUCAUUUCAGCUUACAAAGAUCGGACUGUAGAACCUCACACUACCUACACAUCUGAUUUCCUUAAACUCAAUCCUUCAUCUGGUCUAUGGGCAGCUUCUGGUUUAGGCCAAGAUGUAAUUAUUGGAGUCCUUGACGGUGGCAUCUGGCCCGAAUCCGCAAGUUUUCAAGAUGAUGGUAUGCCUGAAAUACCCAAAAGGUGGAAAGGAAUUUGCAGGCCCGGCACUCAGUUUAAUACUUCAAUGUGCAACAGAAAACUCAUUGGGGCCAAUUACUUCAAUAAGGGAAUUUUGGCUAAUGAUCCCACUGUGAACAUUUCCAUGAAUUCUGCCAGGGAUACUAAUGGUCACGGCUCACAUUGUGCUUCCAUUGCUGCUGGGAACUUUGCGAAAGGUGUUUCCCAUUUUGGAUAUGCAGCAGGAACAGCAAGAGGAGUUGCUCCACGAGCUAGGCUAGCUAUGUACAAGUUUAGCUUUGCUGAAGGAACCUUCACUUCAGAUUUGAUUGCUGCUAUGGACCAAGCUGUUGCAGAUGGUGUUGACAUGAUAUCCAUCUCUUUUGGGUACCGUUUCAUUCCCUUGUAUGAAGAUACUAUAUCAAUUGCUUCUUUUGGAGCUAUGAUGAAAGGAGUGCUAGUUUCAGCUUCUGCUGGAAAUCGAGGUCCAGGUUGGGGAACUUUAGGCAAUGGAUCUCCAUGGAUCUUGUGCGUGGCAGCAGGCUACACCGACCGGACAUUUGCCGGAACUUUGACUCUGGGCAAUAGGCUAAAAAUUAAGGGAUGGAGCUUGUUUCCUGCAAGUGCCUUUGUCAGGGAUUCACCGGUUAUUUACAACAAGACUAUAGCUGCUUGCGAUUCAGAUGAAUUGUUAUCGCAAGUUCCUGAUCGGGAACGGACCAUCGUUAUCUGUGAUUAUAAUCCAGAUACCAAUGGUUUUGGUUUCUCUAGUCAAAUUUCUUCCGUCAUUCGAGCAAGAUUUAAAGCAGGCAUCUUUAUUUCAGAGGAUCCAGUAGUGUUCAGGGAUAGAGGGGAUGCUGCCCCUUUUACCCACCCGGGAGUUGUGAUUAAUCAAAAGGAAGGGAAACAAGUCAUCAAUUACGUUAAAAGCAGUGUUUCUCCCACGGCGACUAUCAUGUUCCAAGAAACAUAUGUGCAUGGAGAAAGGCCAAGCCCAGUUCUUUCUGGAUUCUCAUCACGAGGGCCGUCCAAGAGCUAUGCUGGAAUUGCAAAGCCAGAUAUUAUGGCUCCGGGGGUACUUAUUCUUGCAGCAGUUCCACCUGAUCUCCCUGCGGUAAUAAUUGAGCCAGAAAUACAAUUAACCACUGAUUACGAGCUUAAAUCAGGCACAUCCAUGGCUGCUCCUCAUGCAGCUGGAGUUGCUGCAAUGCUAAAAGGUGCACAUCCUGAAUGGAGUCCUUCAGCUAUUCGCUCUGCCAUGAUGACUACUGCAAACUAUUUGGAUAGUACUCAAAAGCCAAUUAGAGAGGACGAUAACUUUUUAGCCACGCCCCUAGGCAUCGGAUCAGGGCACAUUGAUCCAAACAGGGCACUUGAUCCCGGCCUAGUGUAUGAUGCUACUCCCCAAGAUUACAUUAAUCUUCUAUGCUCUUUGAAUUUCACAGAAGAGCAGUUCAAAACAUUUGCAAGAUCAUCAGCAAAUUACCGAAACUGCUCAAAUCCAUCAGCUGAUCUCAAUUACCCAUCAUUCAUUGCCUUUUAUUCAUUCAACGAGGAGGGAAACUACACCUGGUUGGAGCAGAAAUUCAGGAGGACCCUUACAAAUGUUGGUAAAGGUGGAACAACUUAUAUAGUUAAAAUAGAGAAUCCCAGGAAUUCCACAGUUUCAGUGUCACCACAAACAUUGGUGUUCAAGGAGAAAAAUGAGAAGCAAAGCUAUAAUUUGACAAUUCGCUAUAGAGGUGACGACAGUGGGGGUCAUGAUGGGUCCAUCACAUGGGUUGAAAAGAAUGGAAACCAUUCAGUAAGAAGUCCAAUAGUGACAACUACCACAGUUGAGGUCUGGGGAGCAGAUGAUUAGGAUGUAGAAGCAGAUUAUAUAUGCUGAAUGAAAAAGUUUGUCUAAUCCGAUAUACAUUGUAAUAGACUAUGUACCCAUAGAAGCAACUUUAAUCCUUUAAAUGCUUAAUAUUGCCGUUUUUCUUCCUAAAA